CAAGACAGCUAUGAUGCUGUCUUACCUCGAAGAGCUAGUUGCUAGAGCAACCAAAAACAAGCCAGUUCCUCCGAAGCUCAAGCACGUGCGCAGUAUUGUGCUCAUCACUCACGAAGGAAAGGGAUCGGUACCGGUUCUGAAAGAGAUAUUCAGGAGAUCGCUCCACAAAAAAAGAAUAUCUUGUUGGAAGUCUCUCUACAUAGUACACAGAAUCCUGUUAGAUGGUCAUCCGAAUGUAGCUGCAGAGGCAUAUCUCUACAAGAAGACCUUUCUGUCUCUCAUAAACUAUUACAAGCACUCCUUAGACGAGUAUGGAAGUCUGUGUUUCGAGUAUGCGCUGUACUUGGUUUCGAGGAUCGAGUUUCACCACAACCACCCGGAGAUAGCCAACGACAUAUCCAUAACUAAUUACCAGAAGGCGGAGUUGAAGUCGCGAAAGGAGCACAUGCUUUUAAUUACGAAUCAUCUGUUGGAGUUGCAGAAGAACCUCCUCACGUUCCAAAACGCCCUUUCGUCCGACAGGGGCCAGUCGCCAUGCAAGCAGAUAGUCCUGGCGCCAAUUGUGACAGAUUCCUACAAUAUUUACACUAUGUCUUUGUACCUGAUCAAGAGGCUCUCGAGGCUUGAUCCGAACAACGACGUCUUGUUGUAUUUCCAGGAGAUUAUUCAGUCUCAGUGCGCCCUCCUUCAGAAGUUCUACAGUUUACCGUCCUUGCGUUUGGCGGAUUCUUGCGUCAAUGUUCCCAAGUUGGCCUGCCUUUCUUUUGUUGGUGAAGACAGCCCACAGGAGGGGGAAAGACCCGAACGGACGACGGAGAGUGCGCAGAAGCAAGACGAGGUUGUGGUCCGAUCUCUCGGCUCAACGGAGACGGGCUCGUUUGCUCGCAGUGACGAGCGCUCGAUGGCACAGCAGGAGUUGGGGGACAUGCGCCUGCAGAUAAAAAGGGGGGUGCAAGGCGUACAGCAAGCGCCUCCUGCAGAGCCGGAGGACGUGAAUUUUCGUCCUUUUCCCUUGAUGGACGCCGACUCGGGGCGUUCUCAGCCGUCGGAGGCGCCCGUCCAGUCGUACUGGACGCACAAGCCGGAUUUUGACGCUGGAGCCUUUGCGAGUAACCCUUUUUCCGAGUUAGAUUGGGUCAGCGCGAGUGACAACGGCAACCAGAUGGGGUUUGCGGGUCUGCAGGAUCCCGCCAACAACGCAGCGAGCGCGCAGUUUCAGGAGCCUGAGAUCCCGCCUGCCCCCUACGGCCCGGAGCCUUUCGAGUCUGGUCACAAGAGAAUGGACGCGCGCGUUGAUGCUGGCACGGUAGAUUCGAUGUCUCUGUACGCAAAGGGUGGCCAGCAGGCGGACGGCAACGCAGCCGCGUACGACAAGGCGCUGAAGAUUGCUUUCGACGAGAUAGACUACGUACUCAGCAGGUCUGAAAACAGCGUCAUCUAUGCACAAGACGACAGAGCGAACAAACUGGGCCUGUUGGAAUGUCUGGCACAACUGAAGCAGUCCCACAUGGACCUGAGGAAGGCCAUUUUCAAUGGAGAGGACGUGUUUCUAGCCUCUCUCAGAGUCUGCAUGAUGCUGGAGAGGAUGAUUUUGCAAAUCGACCAAAUCGAGCCAACGAGCCGCUAUGAGCUGUCUGUACCUAAGAACCAGUUCGCCGCUCUGCUGAAAGGAUUUUUACAACAGCUCUCUCACUUUUACAGCAGGGCCCCGAACGCGGCCGAGCUCUACACGGUCAAGAACCAGGAUGCCGACGUCUUGAAGUGGAUCGAGUACUUCGAGAAAUGGGUCGAAGCGCUCAUUGAUACACCUGUCAACGCACCUGUCAACGCACCUGUCAACGCACCUGUCAACACGUCUGUCAGUGUACCACCUCCUUCUCUCGAAGAGACAGAAUUUGAAAAGAAAGCUCAGAAAGAGAUGAAACAGUUUGUGGAGGAGAUGAAGGAUCUCUCGAACGAGCUGAUGAAUCAGGCAAUCGUCGAUAGGAACAAUCAGCUGAGGGUAGAAUCCGCGUUGCCCGACCUCACGCACGAACUAAAAAAUGACGUCCGCGCCGACGACUACUUGAACUGUAUCGCCAGAAUUACCACAGCUGUUCAAUCUCUCCUAGAGGCGGCCAUGGUGACUCAGCAACAACUGAUUCAACUAGGCCGAGUCCCAAACACCCCUACGCCCAAAUACAAUGACGACCCGCUUUGGUCGGAAGGAUUCGUCUCCGCUGCCCAAGCCGUGGUCCAGGUGACCAAAAUGGUGAUCGAUGACUAUCGAAGCAAUCGGUCUCUAGCAGAGAGCCCAAAGCUAAUCGCGACUCUCCGAAUGAUCAACACGAUGACCAGUCAGCUCGUGAUGGCCGUCCGGACAAAAUUCCCUGACCCCACAUCUCCUUACCAAACCGAGGUUAACCAGGCGUCCAACAAGGUGUUUUCGGCAAUCGCCGCUCUCCUACAAAUUUUGAGAAGUCGGCCGGUCGAGCCUGAGCCUGAGCCCCGCCAAAUCAAGAGCUACAGACAGAUCACCGAUCUGAUCAAGGCUGAAAUCGAACAGCAAGCAGAAAUCAUCUCUCUCGAGAAAAAACUAGAAUCCGCUCGAGGGUCGCUCCACUCCAUCAACAGGCAAAAGUACGCCGAGCAGGACUCUCCUCACCUUCAUCGUAACAAUAUCAACUCGAGCUUCUACGACGACGGCAUCCACACUUACCGGCCUACUUAACGACCUGCCAAGAAAGCGCGCCAAACCAGGCUUCUGCGCGCGAGAACAUUCGCCAACCAGCUCUCCCCACGCGCACCACCGGCAAAGAGAGACGGACACACGUCGCAGAUUCACACCCUUCGACGCCCUCCAAUCACACGAGCGUCGCGGGCACGUGAAGACACGGCCUCUC